AUGAGUAAACAAGAAGAAGAUGAUGAAAACCAAUUGUUGCUCUGUAAUAAAAAACCCUCCCAUGACAAUGAUAAUCACCAUGGACGGCAAUCAUCUCGUCUUGAAUGGGCAGAAUCGUCUUACACUCGUUUAUUACAUGUAUUAUGUUGGUCGUGGAUUUAUCCAAUUCUUUCUUUAGGCUAUAAACGGGAAUUGACGGAAAAUGAUCUUGAUGAUACGCCUCAUGUUGACAAAACUUCGGUACUAUUAGAUAGGUUACAUUCUUAUGACUGGUCAUCGACAACAACAUGGACGAUUAUUAAUAAAGAGUUUUGGAAAGAUUAUAUUGUUGCUAAUCUGACCCUUUUUCUUUUUUUGAUAUCAUCUAUUGUUCAGCCAUUACUCUUACACCAAUUUAUCUUGAAUAUGACGAAUACACAAGGAUCAAAUACUGCCAGUUAUUUAUACCUCGUAUCGUUGUUUAUUUGUGUAGUUAUAUAUCCACUCACGGACCGACAAGCUGUUUUUCAUGCGGCUCGUGUUGGUGUUCGAAUUCGUAAUGCACUGAUAAUAACCAUUUACAAACGCUUAUUGUCUCUGAAAUGGAUAUCAUGGCAGCAAAUGAAUACAGGUGAAACAAUUAACUUGAUCGCUAACGAUACAUUCAAAUUUGAAGAAAUGUACGCAUAUUUGGCUAGUCUAUGUGAAGGACUUCUUGAAGCCAUCCUCAUAUUUGGCUUAUUGUGUUGGAUAAUACAUCCUUUACCAACUCUGUGUGCUUUCGCUCUAUUUUCUCUAUUCAUUUUAAUACAAUUGUAUUUCGGUCGGAAAUUUCGUCAGUGCCGUGAAAUAACAGCUAUAUGUAGUGAUAAACGAAUACAGGCUUUCAGUGAAUUUAUUCAUGGAUGCCACAUCGUUAAAAUGUAUAACUGGGAAAAAUCAAUAGAGGAUUGUAUAGCUAAAAUGCGUGAAAAUGAAUUAGGAAGUAUUCGACGUACGUCUCGUUUCCGUGCGCUCAAUGUGACUCAAUUCUUUAUCUCAACACCACUUCUUGCAUUCCUCACUUUUGGAAGUGCAUGGCUUCUCGAUUAUCCACUGAAUACAGCUAAUGUUUUUCCAGUUCUUUUAUCCUUUACUUUGAUACGUAAUAAUGCUAUGUAUUAUAUCUCUCUGGUCAGCGAGAAACUAAGUGAAGCAAGAUCAGCAUCAAAAAGAAUAGAUGCAUUCAUGCGUCUGCCCAUAAAGCAAGAACAUCAGUUUCGACCAUCCACAUCUUCAAUCCAUCAGCAACAAAAAGGAUGUAUCAUCAUGUCUAAUGCAUCUUUUUCAUGGCAUAAUGAGAUACCUUGUCUAUCAUCGCUUGAUCUAACUAUCGAACAAGGCACAUUUGUAGGAAUAGUUGGACCAGUAGGUUCUGGUAAAUCAGCCUUACUCGCUGCUAUUCUUGGUGAAAUAAAUCUUCUUAAUGGUCAAUUAAAUACAAAUGAUAGUUCGUUUUCUUAUGCUGCACAAUCACCAUGGAUAUUUGCAGAUACAUUUCUUAAUAACAUCCUUUUAAACCGACCAUUUGACGCACAACGAUAUGAGCAGGUAAUAUAUGCAUGUUGUCUCGAUGUUGAUCUUAGUCUUCUUGGAUCUAGUGGUGAACUCACUAUGAUUGGAGAAAAUGGAGCUAAUUUAAGUGGUGGACAAAAAGCAAGAGUAGCAUUAGCUCGUGCUUUAUAUGGUGAUGCGAACAUUUAUUUACUUGAUGAUCCAUUAUCUUCUGUCGAUCAUAGUGUAGCCAAACAAAUCUAUGAACGGUGCAUUGGUCCAUGUGGAUUAUUGAAAAAUAAAACUCGUCUAUUGGUUACUCAUCAAACACAGUUUCUGUAUGAAUCACAUCAAACAAUAUUUCUGUCACAUGGAUAUAUCGAUAAACAAGGUUGUUUGAAGGAAAAUAUCAUUAGAGAAGAUGAUCCUAACAAAAAUGAAACAUCAAUAUUAGCUGAUAUGCUUGAUGUAAAUACAUCAAUGGCUGAUACUCAAUCGAUCAUAAUUGACGAAACGUCUCUGAAUAAUGGUGCCAGGUGGUCUGUUUGGUAUCAUUGGUUUACUGCACUACCAUCCGGUAUCUUUGGCUUCUGCUUACUUAUUGUUUUACUCUUGCUAGCUGAGGUGUUAAGUGACGGUGCAAACUAUUGUCUCAGGAUAUGGUUGCAACGAUCACAAACAGAUGAACAACUUUCACCAAAAUUUGCUUAUAUUUGUUUUUGUUUGAUAAUAGCUACAGUAUUUGCAGAUAUAGUGCGUACAAACUAUUAUUUUACUGUUGUUUUACAUGGUUCGAAUAGUUUUCAUAAUAAUAUGUUAAAAGGACUAUUAUAUACAUCAAUACAGUUUUUUGAAAGUAAUCCAAUUGGAAGAAUCCUUAACCGAGUAAGCAAAGAUCAGCAUGUUAUUGAUGAGUUAUUGCCUCUUAUCUUGCUGAGAGGUGUGAUAGCAAUUUUAAUAGCAGUUGGUUCGAUGUUCAUUAUUUGUUUUAUUAAUCCAUCUACCUUCCUUUUACUUAUCAUAUUAGUUCCAGUCAUUUGGUUGAUAACUCGGUUUUAUCAAAAACCUUCUCGUCAAUUGAAACGACUUGAAAGUAUCACUCGCAGUCCUAUUUAUGCACUCUUUUCAACAUCUCUGAAGGGUUUACCAACUAUUCGUGCACUUAAAGCUGAAAACAGUUUUAUUCAAUUAAUUUCAGAUAGAAUUGAUACCAAUACAUCUGCAUAUAUUAACAUGCAAGCUGCAUCGAAUUUGCUCGCAUUAGGACUUGCUAUGGUGUGUUCGCUGCUUUUGUUGUUCACUUCUGUUCAAAUACUAUUGUUUCACAAUAAAAUAGACUCGUCGACAGCUGCACUCAGUUUGAUAUCUGCAAUAUCAAUAACAGUAUCAUUUCAAUGGGCCGUUAGAAGGUUGUCUGAAGCUGAUAUAUUGAUGACAAGUGGCGAACGCAUUAAUGAAUAUUCACAUUUGCCACCCGAAGAGGAUGACGGUGGCUGCAAACGUCUUGUGAAAACUUCACCAGAAUGGCCAGCUCGUGGAACAAUUGAAUUUAGAAAUUAUUCAUUACGUCAUCGAUCUGGCCUAGAACAUGCAAUUAAAAAUAUUAAUCUGCGUAUUGAGUCUGGCCAGAAGAUUGGCAUCAUUGGUCGAACUGGUGCGUAUUAA